UAAAAACCUGCUAACAUACGCGUAUGAACGACGCCAGGCUGACCGGCCGCGGGAACUUCAGGCAGAGCGAGAGCCACGAGCAGCAUAAGAGCUAGGAGUCGAGGUGCAUUCCCGCUGCUCUAGCUCUGUUUGCAAUCGACCGUACGCAGACGUACCGGUACCGUAUAUAUCAGCGACCACCAGCGACAGGAUACUUAUCUCAGCUCAGGAGGUGUCACUUUUUCGAAAUCGAAUUCAUAGAUCAUUUCGAAUGAAAGAGAAAAGCAGCCCAUUUAAAUCUAGCUCAAUGAAAUCGAGCAUGAAUCCUUCGACGACAAAAUUGUCGUCUUCAACAUCAUCGCAGCGCAAGAUGAAUGGCUUUAGUACAACAGAGGAUGACAGUCGUGACUCUGGACAUGGUCAGAUAUGUUGUUUGGUGGACGAUGGUCAGCGCUGUUCAAGGCCGGCAGGGAAUGCAUGCUAUAGUAAACGUAUUGCUAAGACAGUUCAACAGAGGAAAUUAAAACUGACCAUUGAUCACAGUGUGAGGCAUAUCUAUAUCUGUGACUUUCACAAGUCUAUGAUACAAAGUGUUCGUAGUACCAAGAAGAGGAAGAAAGGAAGUGAUGAAGAUGGUGGAAUAUCUCCAGAUCAUGAUCUUGAUGUACCAGAGGUUGAUUUGUUUCAUUUACAAGUGAAUACUUUAAGAAGAUACAAGAGACAUUAUAAGAUUCAGACCAAACCAGGGCUCAACAAGGCACAACUUGCUGAUAUGGUUGCCAGGCAUUUCAGGACCAUUCCAGUGAGAGAAAAAGAAGCUCUGACUUACUUUAUCUACAUGGUUAAGAAUAAUAAGAGUCGCUUUGACCAAAAACAUGACCACAGCUAGAAAUCGUAAAACCAAUACAUACAUGAAUAUCCUGUCUAGACCAGUGUACAUUGAGGUGAAUUGUUGAAUGGUCUUAUCCCAAUCUAUCUAUCCUAAUAAUGAUAAAAACAUACCCGUUUGGUCUCAAUCAACUUGGUCUAAUCCACUUUUUUAACCAGUUUUUCUACUAGAUAUUCAAUUUAAUUGUCAUGUUAAUAGACCAUUAUAUAUUUUGCGUAAUUUGAAAUGUGAACAUACCAUUUAACUUACUUGGUUUAUAAUUUAGAACCAAUAGUCGACAUGAUUAGGCAACUGGUUAUAGACAAAAAGGAUAAGCCCUAGUUGUAAAGUUGGGCAAGCUGAGAAUUAGACCAACUGGGAGGUUGACCAAUUGGUAAUAGACCAAUGUUUUUUGCAAGAAGCUUACAUUUAUUUGCAAAUCAAGCAUAAGACCCAAAAUCAAGCAUAAUUUUGAGUUGCAAUUGAAGGCAAAUUAACUAUGAAUGUGAUUGAACAAGGGAUUUAUGUUUGAUUUGGGGACUUACGCUUGAAUGGGAACUGAGCACAGGUUUCCGCAAUGACACCCCCCUAAGCGACUAUCAACAUCAUUUAUGCACGAUUCUCAAGUCAUACUUACCAUGUAAAGAUAAUUUCAAUCUAUUCUUUGUUUAUUGUAAAUAAUGUUUUUCAAAUUGUAAAGUUAUUGCUCCUAUUUAUGUAGCUGUUUGUAAAUAGCGUCUCAUUGUUUAUUUGCAAUAAUUUUUGUUCCUCAAUAUUGAUUGUUUUCUGGAGUGUCAAGCGCCCUCUAAGAUCAGGGUUUUUUUUUAUUGACAUGCAGCUUUUGAAGAUUCCCAUAACCAUUCUUUACAAUAGAAUGAUAAAUUUCAAAGAGACAUGAAGAACUUUUCACCAAUUGUUGCAAGCAAUAUUUAUAGUAGCAAGUUAAAAAUCUAUUCUGGGACACAUUAUUGUUUCCCCAGCCUUGUCUGGGUACCCAUUCACUUCAGUGUGGAAGUUGAGAUGAAUCUCUUGCUGAAAGAAAUUAUUUCCAUUUGAACCCACGAGCCUCUGAAUAAAAACAACAAAAAUAAAUGUAGUCAUGAAAAGGUUUUUUUUAGGCAUUUACUAAUCUGAGAUCAAAUGAUGAGAAAAUAAUGAAUGGAUAGGCCUAAUGCAUACUACCUGAAAUUGAUGUUGCAACAUUUGAAAAACAAGUUAGUCUCUUUUGAAUGCAUGCUGAUGAGUGUUUUCCUUUACAACAUUUCCACAUCAACUUCAUAGUUAAUAUAUUAUAGGCUGUCUUCACUUGAUAUGGACAAUAGUUUUCAUGAUCUUCAAAACAUUAGACCAGAGAUUUGUUGCAUUUGAUUGACUUCACUUGGCAAUUAUGGCGACUAUCAUGGGAACAUUAGUCAACAAUCAAUAUCAUUAUAUCCAUGCUUUAUGCAUUUCUAUUCAGAUUAUGUAUUAUGUAGUGUCAAUUAGCCAUAAGCAUCUUUUCAUGAUGGAUAGCAGGGCCUUGUCUUACAAAGAGUUACGAUUGAUCCGAGCAAUCUCAA